CGUGUCCCCUGCAUCGGCAGGCGGACUCUCAACCACUGCGCCACCAGGGAAGCCCUAUGUUUUCUUUUUGACUGUGAUUUGUUGAGUAGUAGUUUAGGGCUUUAGACAUCUGUAAUUAUUACGGAGUAGGAGUGGGGAUUUUUUUUUUUUUCCCCAAGGGAAUCCAUGAGUGGAAAUUUUUGGUACCAGCCUGAUGUAGUUAGAGGUUUGAUAGCAUGAGUUUGUUUUAUUUAUUUUUGACAAAUGAAAAAUUGUAUAUAUUUAAGGUGUACAACAUGAUGUUUUCAUAUAUGUACACAUUGUGGAAUGGAAUGCUAACCACACCGACUAGUUAACAUAUCCAUUACCUCUCUUAGUUACCUUUUUUUGUGUGUGUGACACGAAUACUUAAGAUAUACUCUCUUGACAAAUGUCUAGUAUAUAAUACAUUAUUAUUAUUAUCUAUGGUAACCAUGCUGUGCAUUAGGUCUUCAGAACUUAUUUAUCUUAUAACUGAAAGUUUGUAGUUUGUUUUGGGUAUGUCUUUGGAUAGAGGAAGAGAGGUGUGUGUAGUGGUUGAAAAUUUUGAACCUAGAGGGUUUUAAUCCUGACAACCACUUAAAUCUGAGUGAGUUUGGGCAGUCUUUCUGUGUUGCAGUUUCUUAAUAUGUAAAAUCGGAAUUAUUACAUACCUCACAGGGUUGUUUUGAAGAUUACCUGAAUUAGUAUCCGUUAAACCUCUUAGAAGAUUACCUGGCACAUUAGAAGAGUGCUUAAUUAAUAUUAGCUGUUGCCGUUAGUGAUGAUUCUUAGUCUUUCCCUAUCGACUUUGUAUAUUCCCAAGAAUAAUGGAAACGUGAAGUUAAUUAGGAUGAAUACUUGCAAGCAGGAAAAUGAAUCCCGCUCAGGUGGACCAGAACAGGGAUUCUUAAUAUGAAGUCUUUGGACUCUGUUUAUGAGUUUUCAGGACAAGAAAAAUCUAAGAUAUAUACAGAAAUAUUGUAUAUAUUUGUCAAUGGGUAAUUUGGGGGAAGAAGUCUAUCAUUUCAUAUUAUCAGAGUUGUAUAAGACCCAACAAGAUUGAUUCUUACUGGUCUAGAAUCAGAGUCUGGGAUAACUGGGAAUGACUUUUGGGAUAAUCUUAAAAAAUUAGUAUCUAGCAAUUGUGAUGGAAUUGUGAUGGAAUGUUAUGCGAUAAUAAAGAUUAUGUUUAUAAAGUCACAAGAAAAAAACAUAUAAUGUAAUAUUGGGAAGUACUUAUUGUUCUGAAUAAAAAAAUUUUUAAGAGAUUGUUAAGUUACAUAUGUGUCCUGAACGCUAAGGUAAGGAUUAACAAGAUCUUUUGCAAGGACUUAAUAAUUGGUUAUUCGUUGGCAUGCGGGAGGGGUUAACUCAAACGAUUGAGCAGCUGCUGUGAAAUAAGCAUUUUUUUCUGUCUGCUGUGCAUACUGUCUCUUAAUCUUUAGAAAUGUCACGAACCAGCUUUGUGAUCCUUCACAGAAGGAUCUCUGGGUGUUAAUGAACUACAACAUUGAAGAACUGCUCUUAGCUUCUGUGGACUCUGCUUCUCCAGCAAAUGACCCUUGAGAAAAACUAACCAGUUUCUUGCAAAUCUGAAAUCAUGGCUCAUGAUUUGGUGAUGUUCAGAGAUGUAACUGUAGACUUUUCUCAGGAAGAGUGGGAAUGUCUGAACUCAAAUCAGAGGAAUUUGUACAGAGAUGUGAUAUUAGAGAACUAUAGCAACCUGGUGUCGCUGGGAGGAUGUUCCGUUUCUAAACCAGAUGUAAUUACUCUGUUAGAGCAAGGGAAAGAACCCUGGAUGGUUGUGAGGGAUGAGAAAAGAAGACGGAGCCUAGAUUUGGAAUCCAGAUAUGGCACUAAAAAGUUAUUUGAAGUAAAGGAUGUUUGUGAAAUGAAUGUAUCUCAGUGGGAGAUAAUGGAAAGAAUUAGAAGUUGUGGCCUUGAAGAUUCCUUUUUCAGGAAAGAUUGUGAAUAUAAAAAGUUUGAGGGACAAGAGGGUCCUCAGGAGGCGUAUUUCAGGCAAGUGAAAAAAACCACCUCUGAAAAAAUGCCCAAGAACAAAAAACGCACAUCUCUUACUCUGUAUCAGAGAAUUCACAAUAGAGAGAAACCCUAUGAAUGUGGGGAUUGUGGGAAGGCUUUUAGAGUACGCCAGCAACUCACUUUCCAUCAGAGAAUUCAUACUGGUGAGAAACCCUAUGAAUGUAAAGAAUGUGGAAAAGCCUUUAGACAGUGUGCCCACCUUAGUCGACAUCAGAGAAUUCAUGCUUCUGACAAACUCCUUGAAUGUAAAAGAUGUGGAAAAAUCUUUACAUGUGGUGCAGAUCUUCGUGUACAUCAGAGAAUUCAUGUUGGUGAGAAGCCCUAUGACUGUAAGGAAUGUGGGAAGGCCUUUAGAGUGCGAGGACAACUUAAUCUCCAUCAAAGGAUUCAUACUGGUGAGAAACCCUAUGAAUGUAAGGAAUGUGGGAAGACCUUUAGACAAUAUGCACACCUUACUCGACAUCAAAGACUUAAUAUUGCUGAGAAAUGCUAUGAAUGUAGGGAAUGUGGGCAGGCUUUUCUGUGUAGUACAGGCCUUAGAGUACAUCACAAACUUCAUACUGGUGAGAAACCCUAUGACUGUAAGGAGUGUGGGAAGGCCUUUAGAGUGCGGCAACAACUUACUCUCCAUCAGAGAAUUCAUACUGGCGAGAAACCCUAUGAUUGUAAGGAAUGUGGGAAGACUUUUAGUCGUGCCUAUCAUCUAACUCUCCAUCAGAGAAUUCAUACUGGUGAGAAACCUUAUGAAUGUAAGGAAUGUCAGAAGUUCUUUCGUCGUUACUCAGAACUUAUUUCACAUCAGGGUAUUCAUAUUGGAGAGAAACCCUAUGAUUGUAAGGAAUGUGGGAAGGCCUUCAGACUGUUCUCACAACUUACUCAACAUCAGAGUAUUCAUUUUGGUGAGAAACCGUAUAAAUGUAAGGAAUGUGAGAAGACUUUUAGACUGCUCUCCCAACUGACUCAACAUCAGAGUAUUCAUACUGGUGAGAAACCCUAUGACUGUAAGGAAUGUGGAAAGGCCUUUAGACUACAUUCAUCACUUAUUCAACAUCAGAGAAUUCAUUCUGGUGAGAAACCAUACAAAUGUAAGGAAUGUAAGAAGGCCUUUAGACAACAUUCACACCUUACUUACCAUCAGCGAGUUCAUAAGGUCACUAAAUAAUUAUUAGAAAGCCAUCCAUUGUGAAUUUUGUGUUAAGGGGCAGUAGAAAAUAAAUUCUGGAGGAAAAGUGUUUGAAUGUAGGAAUCCCUUUUGCUUCAUGCUCAAAAUUAAAAUAAGAGGUUUUAAAAGAAUAGGUUAAUUUAAUUAAUAUAUAGAAAUAUUUCAUCACCAUUCAAACCAUGUUAAACUUUAGGAAGUUCUUCCUAGAAAGAAACUCUCUUAAAGGAGUGAAUGUGGAAAAGCUUUUGAUCUUACCUGUUAUCACCUCUAUUCUUUCAUCUGUACAGUAUACCUAUGGAAGUUGCCAGGGCACCAACUCAUUCUGGAAAUUGAUAAAUAAAAGGAAGGAAAUGUGAUUUAGCCUGCAUUUCCUGUAUAAACUAUAUUUCAAGGCAACUAGAAAUUGAUGAGGUAAAGUUCUUUAUUAGAGAUUUUUAUAGGACAUAAUGAAAUAAUGGAUCUAGGCACAAUUCUCAGUAGAGGUGUUAAGACCUUUAGGUGAAUGGUUGAUGUCAACUUCAUAGUGAAUAGAUCAGGUUGACAACAUCUGAACCCACUGAUCAAUUUUAAUCUCAUCAAAAAUAGGACAAAACAUUUUGUGCCUCCUGAUAUGAUACAAUAAGACAUACCAUUGACAAAAAAUAUUGAACCUGAAUCUGAUUAAAGCGUCAAGAUCUAACUCCCAGUUUAGAGAAAAUUCAGGAAACAAGAACAAAUUACAUGAUACAGCAAGAAGCAGACAAAUCUAAAAUGUGGGUAAUUCUACAAGAGUAAUGACAGCUUCUCAACCAAUAAAAUGGAUUGAAAAAAGGGAGGUGGAACUCUUAGAUAUUAAGAGUCUUAAGAGAUGUAUCAAUCAAAUGCAAUGAAUGAGUGGUUCUCAUUUAGAUCACAAGUCGAACAAGUGUAAAAAAGACAUUUUUAUGAAAGUUGGGGAAAUGGGACUAUUGACAGUAUUAGAUAAUAUUAAGAAUUAUGUUCUUGUUAGAUGUGCAAAUAGCAUUGUGUUUAUGUAAAAGUGUCUUAGAGAUAAAUUAGCAAGUUUAUACACAUGAAAUGAUAUGUCUAGAAUUACCUUUAAAAUGCUCAUGCAAAAGAAAAUUGAAGAUGGAUAACUUGUUUGUCAAAAUCAUGGCAAGAUGAGUCAGGUGCGUGGUUUUUGCUUAUUUUGUUUUUGCUCUUUUCUCUAUUUUCAUGUAUUUUAAAUUUUCCAUAAUUUUUUUUAAAGAUAAAGUAUCUGUGAAAUUAUAACCCACUUAAAGUGAAUGAUGUUUGUAAAUGGCUACAUAUCAGAACUUACGGAUGUUGCUAAAGUUUUACACACAGGGAUAUUAAAUGUGCUAUAAUGUAUUUGGGAAAUUAAGAUUGAGGAUCCAGAUUUUAUCUAGUUCACCUAAUGCUACAUCUGUUGUAGUGCCUGUCCCAUAGUACUUCGUAUAUUUCAAGAGUGAGUAAAAAGAGCAAUUACAACUACUUGUGGAAAUUAAUGGAAUGGAACUGUUUUAUCUGAUAAGGUAGCUGCUAGCAACAUGUUGAACCCUUAAAAUUGAGCUAUUGAGAGCCUGAAUUGUGGUUAGUACAAAUUAAGAUGGUGUUAAGUGUAAAAAACACACAAUUUUUGAAUACUUCUAAAAAAAUAUCUAACAGGUCAGUUUCUCACAGCAUUUCUCUGCUGUUGUUGGGAAGCUGUGAUAUUCAGUGGAUUGCAUUACUGCAUAAUACAGAACCCAAUUUAAGUAUGUCUCUGCUCCCAAGUAGCAGCAUGUUUACACACUGAGGUCUCUUUGGUUCUACCCCGAGUCAUGCUGAAUUUUUUUUUCUUCUCUUCAUAAAACGUUGCCUGUGUUUACAGCUGAGUAGUUUUCUCAGACUGUUUAUAGCCUGUAGAUGUUUUGGCAUCCAAAGGCCCUUUUUUACUUUAUACUGUUUCCCACUAAGUUCAAGCUUGCAGUGCUUCAUGUAGUACAAUUCUCUUUAAGACUGUGUUUUCUAUGAUUUUUAUUAGGGUUCAUUCAAUUAGACAAAAGAUCAACAGGCUCUUCUCUGUAUUGGGUUCCCUGUGAGGCUACUGUGGAAAAACGACUUUGAAAUUCUUAGAAGCCACGCUGUUUCACAGAAAGGAUGAAAGUUGGCUUUAUCUUUAUCCUGGGGUGACAUUUUCAGGACAGCACCACAUAUUUGAGUUUUCCUCCCCUCUCAGGCCCAUUAUAACUUUGAGAACCCUUUGCUACCUGUAAACACUGUCAUGAACCCUCUAUUUCCUUGAAAUUCUACUUGAAAUAUGCACCAAUUGAUAUAAUGAAUGAUUUUUUUUUUUUACUCUGUUAAUAUGAUGGAUUACCUUCAUGGAUUUUCAAAUAUUAAGCCUUAUAUCACUGGAGUAAACUCCAUUUGUCUAUAGUGUGUACUUUAAAUAUAUAUAUAUAUAUAUAUAUAUAUUGCUGUACUUGCUGUGAUUGCUAUGAUUUACUAAUGUUUUGUUGAGGAUUUUUGCAUCUAUAUUCAUGAAGGAUACUGGUCUAUAGUUUUAUUCUAUUUUUGUCUCAUUUGGUUUCAGGUUGAUGGUGUUCUCAUAACGUGAGUUUGGAAAUGUUGCUUCCUUUUAAUUUCUGGAAGAGGUAGUGUAGAAUUGGUGUUAAUUAUUCUUUGAAUGGUAGAAUAUUCCAGUGAAACCGUUUGGGCCUUGCAAUGGACUGAAUGUGUCUCCUUAAAAUGUGAUGACAUCCUAACCCCCAAUGUGAUGGUAUUAGGAGGUGGGGCCUCUCAAGAGAUAAUUAGGUCAUGAGGGUGGAGCCCUUCUGAAUGAGAUUAGUACCCUUAUAAAAGUGACCCCAGAGAGUUCUCUCACCCUCUCCUGCCAUGUGAUGAGGAUACAACAAGAAGAUGACAGUUUUCAAUCUGGAAGAUGUUGCUCACCAAAACUAACUGUGCUAGCACCCUAAUGUCAGACUUCCAGCCUCCAAACCUGUGAGAAAUAAAUUUGUUCACAAGCUA